AUGGCGACUUUGAUCCCCACAGCUGGUACGGCGGCAGUGGAAAUUGGUCCAGCACUUGGCGUCCGCGUGGCUGGAGUGAUGCUGCAAGCAGGGCAGAACCACUCCAAGAACUUGUUGUGGUGGAGCCAGGGGGGUGAUCCAAAGAACCCAGGGCUUCUGUCAGAUGUUCCGUGGCAUCGCGACAGGGAUCACGGGGUGGAAGUUUUUGGAUGGAAAAAUGGUGGUUUUUGGGCCGGUUUUGCCCAGAUUUGGUGA